AUGACUCCCGCGGCCCUCGUCGCCCUGACCUCCGCCUGCCCGCGCGCUGGAUCCCUCGCCUGGCGUGGCGGCUUCCACAUCAUAAACGGCGAGGACUGCAUCCCUCACUCGCAACCUUGGCAGGCGGCACUGUUCAAGGGAGAUGAAUUUUUCUGCUCGGGCGUCCUCGUGCAUCCCCAGUGGGUGCUGUCGGCCGCACACUGUUUACAGAGCUCCUACACGGUGGGGCUGGGCCUGCACAGUCUUGAGGACAACCAAGAACCAGGCAGCCGAAUGAUGGAGGUCCUCCUCUCCAUCCAGCACCCCCAGUACAACAAUCCCUUCUUCGCCAAUGACCUCAUGCUCAUAAAGUUGAACGAAUCCGUGUCUGAGUCUGACACCAUCCGGAAGAUCAGCAUCGCCUCCCAGUGCCCAACACCUGGAGAUUCCUGCCUUGUCUCUGGCUGGGGUCUGCUGAAGAAUGGCAGGCUGCCCAAGCUGCUUCAGUGCACGAACAUCUCGGUGGUGUCUGAGAAGGUCUGCAGCGAGCUCUACGCCCCGCUGUUCCACUACAGCAUGUUCUGCGCAGGCGGAGGACAGGACCAGAGGGACUCCUGCAACGGUGACUCUGGGGGCCCCCUGGUCUGCAACAGGUCCCUGCAGGGCCUCGUGUCUUUGGGACAAGCCCAGUGUGGCCAGCCUGGCGUGCCGAGUGUCUACACCAACCUCUGCAAGUUCACUGACUGGAUACAGAAAACCAUCCAGGCUACUUAGCCUUGGGGACCAGAGCCAUGAAACUGGCCUCCCUCACCCAGGAACCCAGUUACCUUCUCCCUCCAGCCCAGGGGUCCAGAACCCAGUCCUCCUCCCUCAGACCCAAGGGUCCAGAACCCAGUCCUCCUCCCUCAGACCCAGGGGUCCAUCUGGAAUCUUUUCCUGUCUACAGUGCCUCUAGUGGCACAGUGCACCCUAGACUCACUGGCGUUAGGCUGGUUUUCACCCUUUGGUCCCCUUCCCCUGGA